AAUUGUGAUGAUCAGAACAUAACCUGCUUACAGAAUUUUUGUUUAUACAAAUAUGAACAAUUCACAAAUGUUUACAUGAUCUGCAACCAAACAAAUGAUCUAGAGGGCCUCAGCAGGAGCAAAGUUCGAUGGCUACUAAAACAGAGGAAGACAUUGUUGAGAGGGGGCAAAAAAAUUUACCAUCCCCCCAACUUGAUGAGUUGAGAAGUUAAAAGCUCUCUUUCUUCAAUCGGACGGCCAUUAUAUUUCUUUAAUCCCCUUCUAGUAAUUAAAUUGUUAUGAUGUGUAUACUAUUUGGAUAAUAUAAUAAGCUGAAUAAAACAAAGAAGAAGAAUUUCGUCCCGGAUGAGCUGCAGCUGUGAUGUCUUUAUAUGGACGGUCUGUGUUAUGGAACUUUGAAAGUGCGGAGAAAAAUAUGACUUCAGAAAUCAAGGUUGAAGUCAUUCGGGAGGAAACAGUUAGACCAUUUUCUCCAACUCCUCACCACCUCAGGAGUUCUAACCUUUCUGUUUUUGAUCAGCUUACUCCUCAAGUUUAUGUCCCACUACUUCUCUUUUAUCCCAGCAAUAAUAGUAAUCACCAUUCUGCGGCUUCGGCUUCUGAAAGAUCCAAGCUUCUAAAAAGGACAUUAUCCGAAACCCUCAGUCACUUCUAUCCCUUUGCAGGAACAAUCCAAUCUAAUGAUGUUUCAAUCUGUUGCAAUGACCAUGGGGCUACAUUUGUUGAAGCCAGAGUCAACUGUCCCAUGUCAAAGAUAUCGGAGAAGCCAGAUCUUGGGAUACAAAAACAGUUGCAUCCAAAUGAAUUAGAAUUCAUGGCACAAUCAGGCACAGGCCAUCUUCUACUAGUCCAAGCCAACUUCUUUGAAUGUGGUGGGGUGGCAAUUGGACUCAACAUUUCACAUAAGAUCAUUGAUGCUUAUACGCUCUGCAAAUUCAUUAAUAGCUGGGCUGCAAUUUCCCUUGGCUCAGCCAAUACUGACCAUGUUGUGCCUCCUGUAGAAUUUGGUGCUGCAGCAUCUCUUUUCCCACCUCUGGAUUUCCUCAAUUCACCCCAACCUUCCAUUGACUUUGUCAAGGAAAAUUGCAUAACAAGGAGAUAUGUGUUUGAUGCCUCCAAGAUUGCUGCUCUUAAGUCAAAAGCUGCCAGUGCUGCGGUGCCAAACCCAACUCGUGUUGAAGUAGUGUCAGCGCUCAUUUGGAAAUGCGUAAUGGAAGCAUCAAGAUCAAACUCAAAUUUUGCAAGGCCAUCUGUGUGGUGUCAAUUUGUGAACAUGAGGAAGAUGUUGCCGCAGGCCCCAGGGGAAAACUUAUUGGGAAAUCUUGUGGGGUACUCUGUAGCAAAGACAGAGGAGAGGGAAGUAGAACAUGAUGUUAAAAGCUUGGUUUCUAAAUUGAGGAAGGGCUUGGAAGAAUUUAAGGAAAAAUAUGGUAAUGGAAUUAGUAGGGAGGAUGUGUUCCAACAGUGCAUUGAGUUAUCAAAGCUCGUUGGAAAGGUUGAUAUAGACACCUAUUGUUCCACUAGUUGGUGUAGGUUUCCCUUCUAUGAAGCCGAUUUUGGAUGGGGAAAGCCAUCAUGGAUGAGCAUCCCUAGUACUGUAGAAAUCAAGAACAUGAUUUCAUUGGUGGAUGUAAGUGAUGGGAUUGGCAUAGAAGUGCGCUUGACUUUGAAGGACGAAGAUAUGGCCAUAAUCGAAAGCAACCAGGAGAUGCUUGCAUAUGCUUCUCUGAAUCCAAGUGUCGUGUAAUUAAUUAGUAUACAAAAAUUAAUCUGCGUCUUCUGCAUCUCAAGUACCAUUUCUAAAGUGACGAACUUGUUUGAUAAAGGAAAUAUCAUCAUGAUUCUCGAAGCUUGCACAUGCUUCUCUGUAUCUGAGUCAGAGUGCCAUCUGUUAUUAAUUAGUACCAAAAAGUCCUCCUCUUGCUUUUAGAAUUCACACCUAUGCUAUGUUGGAAAAUUGAUGAUCUCUCUUGUUACUUUGAAUUGUUGGUCUGAUGUCGUUCUCCAUGUGGAACGAUGGACAA